GUGUUGGGCGGGCAGGCCGGAGGCCGGGUCGCCUGAGCACGCGGCUUUCGGCGCCCUGACCCACGCUCGGCUGGUGGCUCUGCGGAGGGACACGGCGGGGGCUCCAAGCGGCCGCACGGCGGGGAGCGGCGGCGGCGGCGGCCUCAGGUCCUGAGUCUCUGUAGAAGCUGAAAUCCAUCAAUCUCCGUUCUUCAAAAUGCAAUGGAACGUACCAAAGACUGUAUUCCGACUGGCACAUAGGACAUGCAUGGAACCAGAUAAAGCUGGUCUUUUGGGACACUGUCAAAACAUGAAGGGACCAUUACUUUUGUAUACCUCAGAAUCCAGAGUGGUUUGGGUACAGGGCCCUCAGAAACGAUGGCUGCACUUACCUGCUGCCCAGUGUGUUGCAAAGGAAAGGAAGCCAUUCAUUGCUCACCCACCCCAACCAGGGAUCCUUCAUAAACAGUGGGAGCAGGAUAUCUUAUCCAAGAGGGUUCUGUCAUCCAGUGCUACAUCCCCAGGAACUCCCUCUGAAAAAAAGGAAGAACCUGAUCCUUUACAAGACAGAUCAAUUAGUCUUUAUCAACGAUUUAAGAAAACAUUUAGACAAUAUGGAAAAGUUUUGAUUCCAGUGCAUCUAAUAACUUCUGGUGUUUGGUUUGGAACGUUUUAUUAUGCAGCCAUAAAAGGAGUGAAUGUCGUUCCUUUUCUAGAACUUAUUGGGUUACCUGACAGCGUAGUAAACAUUCUGAAAAAUUCCCAGAGUGGAAAUGCACUGACAGCAUAUGCCCUGUUUAAGAUUGCAACGCCCGCGCGGUACACUGUGACCCUGGGGGGGACCUCCUUCACUGUGAAGUAUCUGCGCAGCCGUGGCUAUAUGUCGACACCACCCCCUGUGAAGGAGUAUCUGCAGGACAGGAUGGAGGAGACAAAGGAGCUCCUCACAGAGAAAAUGGAGGAGACAAAGGACAGACUUACUGAAAAACUGCAAGAAACCAAAGGAAAGGUUUCUUUUAAGAAAAAAGUGGAAUAGGGUGCCUUAUAUACCAGGUUAUAGACAGUUCCUGCACUUUAACCCUUGGGGCUGGACAAAGGGUCCCAAAGGCACAGUUUGUCCAGUCCUCAAACACUGACUGCCCUGCCAUUCACCUUGGUCUGGAGGUAGAGUUACAGGGCUUGGUUGCCAUCGUGCUCCAUCACCAUGUGCUUGUUAUUCCCCUCCUGAAAAAGAUGGAAGAUACUGUGGGUCACUUCAGAAUGUUGAGGCCAGUAGCUGUAGUUGAAGAAAGGCACAGGAGAGCCGGGUCAGACGUUCAAAUCCAGGAACUAAGAAAGGUAAAAGAGAUAUUUCAUUAUCCAAAGAGGAUUCAGCCUCAGAAAAUACCCCAUCCUCCCGUGGUAAGAAACUCUCACCCCAGCACCUCACACACACUGAGGACAGCGCUGCUCACAAGGCGUCCCUCCCUGCACACCAGCCUGAAGGCAGGAGCAGCAAGUGGCCGUCUAACCCUGGCCGUGAACAUAAACUUGAACUGUGCAAGAUGCAGCACUUGGGGAGUAAAAUAAGCUAAAGCUGAAAUCCUGAUUCCUGCGGAAUUCGCACAAUUCAGGUGAGCUACUGGGACCCACUUGUGGUCGGGGUGAGUGCAGGUCUUUCAUCUGCUUUUGUUGGGCCCCUUUAGACACAGCGUCCUUACACUGGGGGGGACUUGCCAAUGCAUCUCCAUUUCGCCAAGGCCAAGGUGACCGUGCAGAAGGGGAGCCUGGUCCCUGCUUCUCCACCGGGGUGGGGGUGGGGGGCUGUCACCGCAAGGCCCCACGCCCAGCACAACUAUCUUGCCUAGUUUUUCCUUCACAGACACUGCUCAGCUCUGGAAAUUUUAAGAAAAAUGAACCGUACACUAACAUGUUGCUGUUCUAAGCAGCAGACCUCAAGCAGCAGCCUUGGCACAGCAAACACAAGGCUUGGGGAACAGCCCCUAGCCGCUGCCUCGCAGCCAGGCCAGUGUGGGAGCCUGGUGGCCAGCAGCAAAUGGAAGCUGCUUUGGAGGGGCUCGUGGACCUGGACAGUCUCUGCAAGGACUCUCUGGACAGAAGAGCAGGUGGAGAGAUUGACUACUUGUGUGGAUGUUACUGUGUGAAAUGGAUGAAGAUUCCAGUUCUCCAAACAAAACACAGGGACCUACCAACCAAGAGGAGCCUUGGAAAGGAGCAGCAGAAAGCAGUUUGAGAGCUUUCUGCCAGCAGCACGAGGGCACCUCACCGGGCAGCCACCUCCGAGACCACAACAGCAGACACCCGGAACUGCAGAAACUGCACUGCUGGAGGGCCAGGGCAGCACUGCGUGGUGUGUAAAUGCAGGUGUAAAACACGCAGCCUGAGGCUGGAGGGACUCAACACACCAGGGAUGCAGGAAGUUUCCUCUGCUCCAUCCAGUCUCCAGGUGCCUCAGUGACGCAUUCACUGCUGUGUGGUGACUUUCUUGGUGAAUGUAAGUAAGUGGUGUACGUUAGGCUACCUCCCCUGACACCCUUUCCUGCAUGAUUAUGGGGGAGAUGAUUAUGGGGCCUAAUUUUAAUCCACAGGUGAAAAGACAACAUACAGAACUUCGAGUAAAGCUUCCUCAUUAUCUUAAACAUGAAGAUAGUGCAACUUUUAAAACACAGCAUCACAACACUGAUUAACCCCUUGCAUUCAUCUGACUUCUCCACUUUAUACCUUGGCACACAAAACAGGAAUUUAGAAUCAUAUUUUUAAAAUAAAAAAGUUCCACAGUUUAGGGGUGGGAAGCAAACUGGCGAUUCUUCCCCAUAAUGUAUAACAACAUUUUCCUCUGUAUUCAGUUAAUUGUAAAACAGGCCAUUCUGGCCUCUUCCCCUGCUGCGUCUGCUUUCAUAGUCAAGUCAGAUGCCUCUGUGGGUUUUAUUUCAUAAUGUCUUCAAAGCACCCCUUUGUGUUCUCAUGCCCACCCUUUGCCAAAACCUGCCCUUUCCUAUCACUGCCCCAGAUGAACACCGUUUGCGGCCAGACUGGAGGAGGUUUGUACUAUUUCAGCCUGCGUGCGGCUCCUGUGGAAGGAAUCAUUGUUUUACUGAACUUGCUGUGCUGGGGACGGAGGAGCAGUGCCACCGCCUCCCUCCUCCUUUCUUAAGUCAGAAAUUAGCAAAACUGGAAAAGUGCCUAAAAGAGAUCCACACCAAGCCUUGCACAGGUGGAAUGUUGUGGUUCUGCAGGGACCCCCUCCUCUUCAGGGGCCAUCGUCACGGGACGGGUCUGCACCACCACAGCCUCCGCAGGGCACGCACCGGCUCCUCGGCCGCCGCCCCUACUGCUCACUCAGCUGCUCGCUGGCGGCUGCCUUGAGCUCAGGCUUCGCAGGGGAGGCCGUGAGGUUGGCCUCUUCUGGUGCACCAGAAACAGCCCGGCGAGACCAGGGCCCAGCCACCCCACCACCCUUCGCAGGAAGCCGGGUCCUCUGACCACGACGGAAUAAGCUGGGAAAUAAGAUAGCAGCUCACAGAGUUUUGAGCAACAGGAACAAAAUCUUGCUAGUAUCGCUAUUGUGGGCCCAUACACACUGCGUCUUUCGUAGCUGUUUGCUUGUGAGAACUGUUCCCUCAUGCCGCAUUGCGUCCACAGAGCACCUCCGGCGCCCUUGCGUUCCUGGUGGCCCUGAAGACACCCCUGUGGGUGCCCCGGGGAGCAUGGCCACCAAGAUCCAGGCCCACGAAAGCCUUGGGCCACCCUGAGGGGCUCUAGUGAAUCUGCAUCUUCUGAAAAAGGGACACAGGACAACUCCGGAUCUCACAGGCUUGAAGAUGUGCAUUUUCAGGUUCCUUUACCCUCAA